UAUAAAGCAUCAGGGGCGGGCGAUUGAUACAUCUUCUUUGGUCCUGUUUUGCGAGAAAAAAAGAAGACUCGCAGAAGGACGAGUGAGGUAUUCGGGAAGCGGUCGCAUCAAAAGUACCCAAAGCGCCUCUGCCAAAUCGGUGCGAAACUUUUGUAGUUCCCCGCCAGCCAAAAAUAAACAAAGCGCCACAAUUCUAGCAAAGGCCCUUGAUCAGGUCAAAAAAAAAAGGCCGAAAAUCUCCCUGGGAAGACGGUCGAAACCAGCACCGCCGCCAGCACCGCCGCAGGCCAAGAGGGCACCACAAUGGGCACGCCCCGGGUCUUUAUUGUACGACACGGCGAGACCGAGUGGUCGCUCAACGGCCGCCACACUGGCUCGACCGACAUCCCCCUGACGGCCAACGGCGAGGCCAGGGUCAAGGCCACGGGCCGCGCCCUCGUUGGCGAUGACCGCUUGAUUGUGCCUAGGAAGCUUGCGCACAUAUAUGUGUCGCCUCGAAAACGGGCCCAGCGCACCUUUGAGCUGCUCAACCUAGGCCUCAAGGAUCAUGCGCUGCCGUGGAAGGCGCACGGUGCCGCAGAAAAGGACCCCCGCCUCUGUGACGCCAGGAUCGAGGUGACCCAGGACAUCCGCGAGUGGGACUACGGCGACUACGAGGGCAUCACGAGCCCCAACAUCAGGGCCAUGCGCAAGGAGCAGGGCAUCGAGGGAUACUGGGACAUCUGGAAGGAUGGCUGCCCAGGAGGAGAGAGUCCCGAAGACAUUACCACUCGUCUGGAUCGCUUGAUCGCCGAUAUCCGCGCCCGGUUCCACGGCCCCGCCAUGGAGGCGGGCCAGCGCGGCGACGUCCUCAUAGUGGCCCACGGCCACAUCCUGCGAGCCUUUGCCAUGCGGUGGGCGGGCAAGUCGCUGCAGGAUGGCCCGACCUUUUUGCUGGAGGCGGGAGGUGUGGGCACCCUGAGCUACGAGCACCACAACAUCGCCGAGCCGGCCAUCCUGCUCGGAGGGGCCUUUAUCGUCGACGGCCCCGCCACAGAGGCCAAGAAGGAUUGAUGUGUGGCGCGCUCACGCGGAGGAGGAGGUUAGCCUCGCGCGCAAGGGAUGGGUUUGCCAUACCACGCCGUUUCCGCCGUUUGGAAUCACAUCCUCACCCCAAGGCGACAAGAGAGGAUGGAAUCCACUGCAAAUAGCUUAGUUGCUUAAGAUAGGCAGAUAUAGGGGGCAAUAGAAGCACGGCGACUGGA